AUGGACUGGAAUAACUACAAUGAACACAGCGAUAAUCGCAACUCUCCUGACACGACGGAUGCUGAAUUUCGCUGCGGUCUCUGCAAUAAGGCCUAUAGUCGCCGGGAUCUCCGGGACCGGCAUCGACGUCGUUGUGCUAAAACCUUCGGUCAGGAACGCGCAUCUAAGCGCAAGUCAUGUGAAACUUGUGCCCAAAAGAAGUUACGCUGUUCAUUGACCCGCCCAGCUUGUAGUCGAUGUGUUCAGAUGGGCACGGCCUGUCACUAUCCUAAUACAUCUUCAGCAUCUUUAAUACAGGGAGACCAAGACACAGGCUCGGAGCUGAUGACACCCUUAGAAGUAGCUCUGGAACCGACACCCACAGGUUUUACCCCCGGUAUUCCCGUCUCAACCAUGACCUUGGCUGGGGAUGGCAUCGCCUGGAGUCCGACAAUCAAUAAUAUCGGGUUUAUGUUUCACCCGCUCGAAGAUGGAGCGGGCUUUUCUGGUCAGGCUACCUGGUCUGACCCAUCAUCAGGCUUCCUAGGUGACCAUCUCCACGGCCAAACGCCACCCUUCUUUCUUGCGCCGCAAGACAAAUCCAAAGCACACCACCCGUUAGAUAAUUCGUCCUUAUUACUUUCGGGAGACCCGUUAGACGUCUCUCUACCACCUUUAUCCUCAUCGGCGGGCAGUAGUAACGGAGAGCCGCCCGCGGGACGCGACGACGCAGAGAUCUCUAACUCCGGUGUCUCCUGGGAGAAUACAGGUAUAUUUGCUAGCUCCUUUAUCCCAGACCUAUCCCCUACAGCACUGCGAGACGCAGCCAGUCUAUCGCAAGAGCUUUUUAGCAUUCUGCGCGAGUACCCGCGAAUGAUGCUGCAGCCCAACUUCUGGUCCCCCUUCAUUCACCACCGUCUAUAUCGGUGCUCAAAGGACGGCAUGGCCGAGCCUCUCGGCAUUGCCUUGGCCUGCGUAUCGGCCUAUUCGAGCUCUGUCGAGUCUAGCUUUGAGUUCGUUGACAACAUGAUCAACUCGCAACGGGAGCGGCUAGUCCGCGAGUUUCACCUUUACAGCGACCGCCCAGAAACCUGCCUCGCCGCCCUACAUGCUGUUUGUGUAUAUCAAAUCUUAGGACUAUUUGGGGGGCCAUCCGUAGACAGCCCCAGAUCGGGUCAUAACACACCCUCCAAAGAUGGGAGUGAGCGACGUCGCGAAGACUCGGGUAAGGCCGCAGAACUUCACGGUUCCUUUUUACUGAAGAUGACCCGGCGCCUCUGCAAGCUGCACCAAAAAGCUCUCGGACGAAAUGAAUCAGGCUGGCCCGAGUGGAAAUUUGCUGAAUCUCUCCGCCGCAACGUCUUCUUCGUCCACCUCAUUAAUAUACUUGCCGCCGAAGCCCGGAAGCUGCACUAUGACUACUUUGAGCCUUUGAAUGAAUUAAUGAUUCUACAGAUGCCCCUUCCAGCACCGGAGUACAUGUGGCGCGCCUGCAGUGAGGAGGAAUGGCGAGUUGCCCGUGAAUACGCCCAUUCAAACUCACAUAAUUCGUCUACCCUCCAGGACUUAAUAGAUUUGGACCGUGCGGGCAGUUUGAAUGUCGCUUCACUGCAGCCUCUAACAAGGAUAAUUUUGGCAUGUCAUAAGAUUCGGCCUAAGCUCAGCGAUGGAGAAGAAUAA